AUGAUUUCUAAGAUAAGUAUCAUUAUAUUAAUAUUAUCGAUAUGUUCAUUUAUUGAUGGUAAACGUUUAUUUUUAAAUAAUGACAAUGAUUUAGAAUUAUCAAAUGAAAAAGCUCAAAUGUUUCUUCGUUCAAUGUUAAAUGAUGAUGAAAAUUCCGAUGAUGAUUCAAUGGAUAAACGAGAAUUUGGAAAAAAUUGUGUUCCAUGUAAAUUUAAAAUCAAUCCAUGCUGCGCGCCAAAUAUUUGUGUCAAGAAAUUCUUUUGGAAUGAAUGUAUGGAAAUUAAAAUAAAAGGACUUGGAAAAUAA